AUGAAUGAUAAUGGUAGAAGUAACGACGAAUAUACAAAUAAUGAAAAUGAAGUCCAGUUCUUUAAUAUUGAUGAGGAAAGUGCCCAAAAUGAUGUUAUGAAUUUAUCAGUAGAUCUAUCAUCUCUCGAUAGCCAUGCCGCUCAUGUAGAAGAAAAUCCAUACAACAGAAAUAAUAAUGAUAUAAGUAUUCCUGCAAAUGAAGUGUUACAUCAACAAAUACGACAUAAUUUUCCAAACAAAGAGGAGGACUAUCAAGCAAUACAGGCAGUAGCAAGAGCUCAACGUGAUGGUCAUUUGCCUAACACGAGCAGCUUAAAUAAAGAUGAUCCUACUCUCAAAGGUAUUACCAUUAAUGACGAUCGUCUAACAGGACAGUUCAAGGAUCCUAAAAGGUACUGCAAAUUUUGUAAAAAGCAUUUUUCUCAUCAAGGGUCAUAUGGAAGACACCUUGAUUUGAAAAAAGGCGAUGACCUCCACCCAAUAGAGGAAAUUGCGAAGAUAAGGAGCAAGGUUGUUCGUAGAAAUGGCUUCUUGGAUAACGAACGGCUAGAAGCUCGCAAGUCAAAGAAGAAAGUUGCGUCUAGAAUAUACAACAAACGGGAAAAUGUUAAGGAAAAGAACAAAAUCAGGAGAAAACUAAGAGACAGGGAGAUCAAGGCCAAAUUAUUAACCAAUGAAUGGUACUUGAAUCAAUUGGGUAGCGGCUCUCCAAAACUGGGACUAUCCACCUUUGCUAAGUUAGUGUGCUUGUAUAUUCCAGUGAAAAGCUGGCCCUUUGGCUCUCCACCAGGAGAGGAAAUGUUUGAAAAUCUAAUUGCAGUAUCUGCAAAUCAUAGCAAUACAUUGUUAGAAGAAGUAAAGGAUUCGUACUCGGUAUGGCAGAGCUAUUCGUUUGAAAAGAGACGUGAUCUUUGGUUUUCUGAACAAAAAAAGACACUAGAAGAAACGUUAGGAAAUUUUACUCUAAUAGACUUACAACAAAGAAACCAAAUAAUGGACAAACAGAAGAAGGAUACCUUCGAGAAUCUAUGUAAACAGGAUAAUUUAAUACCUUCAACUGCACAAGGCUACCAAGAAGAUAUUAACUUUAUUGAUUCGAAUGAAAGUGAAGAUGAUGAUACAAAUCAGACUAAAAACUCUUCGUUCCAACCUGAUGGCACCAAUUACUUUGAAAAUCAUUAG